AAAUAUAUGUGUAAUUUUUGUAAGAAUUGUCCUAGCAGACGUCAGUGCCUUCUAUGUGUUUGUUUAUGAGUUCCUCGCGUUGAUGUUUUAUCGUCAUAUCCCCCGUCGCUGGAGGAAUGUCGAGACGGAAUGAUUUAAAAAUAGCAUCAUCUCUCUGACAGCCUGCUCCAGUGACUCCCGUAGCAUUGUGGUGCGAGAAGCAGGAAUGCGAAGAUGGCUGCAGAUCUAGGAGAGCUGUUGGUCCCAUAUAUGCCCACCAUCAGAGUUCCCAGAACAGGAGACAGGGUUUUCAAGAGCGAAUGUGCCUUUUCCUACGAUUCUCCCGAGUCUGAGGGAGGCUUGUAUGUGUGUAUGAACACAUUCCUGGGCUUCGGCAGAGAACACGUGGAAAGACAUUAUCGCAAAACCGGACAGAGUGUGUAUAUGCACCUUAAAAGGCACGUCAAAGAGAAAUCCCCGGGUGCUGCAGGAGGGGCCAUCCCCCGAAGAAGAAAUGGAAAAGUGUUUCUGGAUCUAGAACUAAACCGCGAUUUUAACGGAGACGAAUAUGAGUGUGAAGACGAAGCCAAGCUUGUCAUAUUCCCAGACCACUACGAGAUUCCUCUACCGAAUAUUGAGGAGUUGCCAGCGCUGGUGACAAUAGCCUGUGACGCCGUGCUGAAUGCCGUGUCGGCCUACAAAAAACAGGAGCAUGACUCCUGGGAGGAGGAGAUCCAGACGUCCAAACACUCCCGGGGCCUCCGGCAGCUGGACAACGGCGUGAGGAUCCCUCCCAGCGGCUGGAAGUGUCAGAAGUGUGAGAUGAGAGAGAACCUGUGGCUGAACUUGACGGAUGGAUCAGUGCUUUGUGGCAAGUGGUUCUUUGACGGUGCUGGAGGAAACGGCCAUGCUCUGGAACACUAUAAAGAAACCAAGUUCCCCCUGGCAGUCAAGCUGGACAACAUCACCCCAGAUGGAGCAGAUAUUUAUUCGUUCGAUGAAGAGGAAGCGGUGCUGGACCCACAAAUAUCUGAACACCUGCAACACUUUGGGAUUGACAUGCUGCAGAUGCAACGGAACGGGACAGAAAAUGGCCACCACAACACGGACAACUCCAAUGACGCACGGCCGCGGGUCAGCGAGUGGGAGGUCAUCCAGGAGGCCGGCAUGAAGCUGAAGGCGGUUUACGGAUCGGGUUUCACGGGCAUCAAGAACCUGGGCAACAGCUGCUACCUGGGCACCACAAUGCAGGUCCUCUUCAGCAUCCCAGAGUUCCAGAGGGCGUAUGUUGGAAAUCUACAGAGGAUAUUUGACUACUCACCGCUUGACCCCACCACAGACUUCAACACACAGAUGGCUAAACUCGGCCACGGGCUUCUGUCAGGCCUGUUCUCCAAACCGCCAAUAAAAUCAGAGCUCAUUGAACAGGUGAUGAAAGAAGAACACAAGGUAUUAGACUGGCACCAGCCGAAGGGAAUUUCCCCCAAGAUGUUCAAAGCCCUGAUCAGUAGGGGACAUCCAGAGUUCUCCUCCAACAGACAGCAAGACGCACACGAGUUCUUCCUGCACCUCAUCAACCUGGUGGAGAGAAACAGUGCCGGCUCUGAGAACCCCAGCGACGUGUUCCGCCACCUGGUGGAGGAACGGGUGCAGUGUUGCCAGACAAAGCGGGUGCGCUACACCCACAAGGUGGACUAUGUCAUGCAGCUGCCUGCCCCCAUGGAGGCCGCCUCCAACAGAGAGGAGCUGAUAGCGUAUGAGGCCAAGCGGAAAGAAGCAGAGGAGAACAUGAGGGCCCCUCCUGAGCCUGUGAGGGCCCGGAUCCCAUUCACAGCGUGCCUGCAGGCCUUCACAGAGCCAGAGAAUGUCCCAGACUUCUGGAGUUCAGCUUUGCAGGCCAAGUCAGCUGGAGUCAAGACUUCCCGUUUUGCUUCCUUCCCAGAGUAUCUGGUGAUGCAGAUUAAGAAGUUCACUUUCGGGGUGGACUGGGUUCCAAAGAAAUUAGAUCUAUCCAUAGAGGUUCCAGACUUCCUGGACCUGUCUCGUUUCCGGGGUACUGGGCUGCAGGCAGGAGAGGAAGAGCUUCCUGACCUCGCACCGCCCAUCGUGCUUCCUGAAGACACCAGAGACAACUCAAACUCCUCAGAUUCCCCAGAAAUAGACGAGUCGGCGGCCAUGCAGCUGGCAGAGAUGGGCUUCCCCCUGGAGGCCUGUCGGAAGGCUGUCUACUACACAGGGAACAUGGGCCCUGAGAUGGCCUUCAACUGGAUCAUAGCCCACAUGGAGGAGCCUGACUUCGCUGAGCCGCUGGCCCUGCCGUCCUUCAUGGAGCCGGCCACCUCCAUGGCCAGCCCUGGUCUGGCCGGCACCCCGCUGGACAACCAGCCACCGGAGGAGAGCAUCGCCAUCCUGACCUCCAUGGGCUUCCCCCGCCGGCACACCGUCCAGGCCCUCAGAGCCUCGAACAACAACCUGGAGCGUGCGCUGGACUGGAUCUUCACCCACCCCGAGAGGGAGGAGGAUGAGGAGACCAGCGACGCACUGUCUGACAUGGCCGACACCACAGAGCCCAACGACAACGUCUUCUCCAACGCUAACACGAACAGCGAUUCCACCCUGUCCCCAGACCAGGACCCCUCAGGACCCCGUGUCAAAGAUGGACCUGGACGUUAUGAACUUUUUGCCUUCAUCAGUCACAUGGGAGCAUCCACGAUGUCUGGUCAUUAUAUUUGCCACGUAAAAAAAGAAGGAAGAUGGGUGAUCUUCAAUGACCACAAAGUGUGUUUGUCAGAACGUCCUCCAAAAGACUUGGGAUACAUUUACUUUUAUCGUCGGCUGUCUAGCAGAUAGAUGCAACUCUGCCUCUCCACCCUCUGACCUUAGCGAACCACAGCCUCACAACCCAGGGACAGGAAGAGAAAACAUACCCCAGACCAGCCAAAUUGCAAGAGGAACCCCUCACCUCUUCGGAGUUACUCAACAGCAACAUCAGUGUAUGUCAAUACCGAAAGAAUGAUCAAAAAAGGGAAAGCGACGUCCUUUUAGUAUGCUUCGGUGAUUACGGUGUUAUUUGUUUUUAGUGUUUGUACAGAGGAAUGUGUGCAAUGUCAGCCAUUAUAGUGCUCCACCCCUAAUUGUAUCAGCCUACCAGAACGUCUUCAUCUCCUGUGCCAGUUGUAUUGGUGUCAGUGGGGUCCUGAAGCGACCACGCGUCUCUGCAAGCCCUGAAAACUCGCUCAACCAAAAUGUGACAAAAGACAUGACAGUUCUCCUGAGCUUUGCAUACAGUACGGGGCGUUGGAGAAUCAGCAACCUUUAAGAUGUUAUGCAGGAUCGAAAGUGAUGGCAUUGAAUGGAGAGAAACGCCUGCAUAGGCUAGUUUCAGAAUAGGGAAAAACAUUUCAAAAACAGUGCUUCACUGUGUUCGGCACUGAGUACAUUAAUAUGUAAAAUCAUUGUUGGAAAAUCCAAUGCCAUGUGAUGAUUGUGUAAUUGGCUUUCUGUCUGGUUUUAACUAGCAUGUGGCAGAUUAUUUUUCUGAGUUUAUGAGAAUCAAGUCUUUUUCGGCAUAUUGACAAUCGGACGAUUUAUUUCAGUUCCCUGGAGAACAGGUUUUUCUUUAAAUCUGAAAGCACUUUUUGAGAUGGGUUAAUAAUAGUAAGAGAACAUGAUUAAAAAAUAUAUAAGUUAUCAUGGAACAUAUAACCUAAACUGAUAUUACUGGCAUUUCCAGAUUAUUAUAGAAGCCAAUAACCGACUGUAAUUUCAGCUAUACAUUUUGCUAUAAUAUUUCCUCAGAUUUUUCAGAUUCAUUGGAGACUUAUAGUCUGGAAGCAUUGGAUAAAAGACCACCAGUUUUUUCAUAAUACUGUAUUUAUAAAUAAAUGGCUAUUGACUACGGCAAUCUAACGAGAGACUGGUUGGUAUUUGGUUGCUCGCCUAAUAUAUGUAUAUAAUAUAAUUUCAUUUUGUGGAAGGACAGACAACAUACUAUCUCCUGAGGUAAAUGUUUGCUCAUUAUGGUAGCCCUCAAUCUCUGAAUGUUACCGUAUAUUUCUAUUCAUAUUUGAUACACCACUAACUUUUUAAUGCAGAAUGUAUGCAUUCAAACACCACCAUCCGUGUUUUGGUAUUACAGCAAUACGCACUGGGACAUUGAUGUCAUCUCUUGGGUGCAGACUGUACUGUACAAUGUGUUCUCGUACUUUCAAGACGUAGGGCACAGCUGCAUUUAACCCUGAUGGUGCUCACCGCAACUGAAACCUCUCUGUUGCUUUGACGUUAUAAAUGAAACGCAUAUCAACACAACUGGCCCUACUGGCAAAUAUUUGUGUGUGUGUGUGUGUGUGAAUGUACUGUAUUCCCCAUUUUAUUCAAACACACUCUGCUUGUGUACACCUGCUCUGAUUUUUGUGUCCAGCAGUCACACCUUUGAGUGAAUGCAUGUGUACGUUUUGUCCUUAAGAGCCUACUCUUACAGGAAGAGUUUGUCUGAUGACGCUGUGGAAUCCCCAGCUGCAGUGUUGCCUAGAGUUCAAUGUAUGCUUAGUAGUUACAUAUCGACAAGGAGAUGUUGCUUAUCAAUACCCUUCUAACUAGUUUUCCCUCAUUUGACUAGUUUUCCCUCACUGUUCAAUCAAACAGGUUUUCCUGGAAACCUUGCGUCGUAAUAAUGCACUUUUGGUUUUGGUGUGAGGGAAAGUGUUGUAGGACACACGCUAACAUACUUUUUGCCACAGGGUGAAUCGUGUUUUUGGACCAUUGGAAAACCCAUAUAAUAGUUAGAUCUACCUUAAGCCCUUGGUUUCAAUGUUCUAUGUGAGAUAACUGGUCGUAUCGGUCCUCCGUGAAACGGGGUUCUGUGCAUUCUACAUCUAUGCAUUCUAGUUCUACAUAUUUAUCCUCAUCUAGGUUCUUUCCUGUCACUCUGGCUAUAGUAAGACUGGUAGAUUGUCCUUUUACUGUGGAUUGAUUUGUAUGGAGAAUGUCUAGUUCUUUGCUUUCUCAGCUCUUCUUCAAUCGGUCUCCUCCAACACACACACACUUUCUCUCUCUUGCUCUCUCUCCAUCACACAUUCUCUUCAUCUCUAUCUCUGCCUUUUGAGGUUGUGAAAGGUAAUGGUUUGUCUUUUUGUGUCACGCCUGGGUACUGUCAGCAUGUGCAGUUGACAUUUAGUCAUUUGGAUUGUACAAUUGUACUUCUGUGCGUGAUUUUCUUAUUUCAUUUAAAUACCUUUUCAAUGGUACUUUACCUGUUUUUACUCACAUUUUCUUUGCCUUUUUGCCAGUUUGUGCCAUUUGUGUAGUUUUCAUUACACAGUUUCCCUGAAGAGAUUAUUUUAAGUUGACUUUUGUAAUGUAUUUAUCCAAAUAUUGUUUUAUGUAGGAUCCAGUAUUGUAAUGAACUUUGUGAAUACCUGUAUAACAUCAUAUAUGGCACUGGCUACGUACAAUUUUUGGAUAGUUCAAUAAACUACAUUUCUUGAUGAUUUUGA